AUGACCCAUAACUACAUCAGAGAUAAGGAUUGGAUGUACGCGGGUCAUGCAGAAUGCAUGCAAUCUAUUUUCAUUAAUGGAGUUAGUGCUUUCAUGGAUUUUGUACGCAGACACGAUAUGAUCCAAUAUGGGAGACUCAUUUGUCCAUGUAAAUUAUGUUUGAAUAAGUUGCAUCAAUUGGAGGAAGAAGUAGAACUUCAUAUUGUGAAGAAUGGUUUUGUUAGCGAUUAUAAAACUUGGGUAUAUCAUGGAGAAAUUGAAGGUUUCAGUGAUGCAGAUGAAGAAGAACAAGAAGAAGACAACUUGUUUAUCGAUAAGGAAAUGGAGGAAAUAGUUGAGGUAGCUCUUGGUAAUACUAAUCGUACUGAAGAUCUUCCUUUUGGAGGAGGACAUCGUGAAGACAAUUAUGAUAAAUACAUGAAUGAUGCUAGGAGGCCCAUUUAUGAGAAUGCAAAACACUCCACGCUAUCAUGCUUUAAUGGCAAUCCCCACAGCACAUGGCCCGUUGUGAUGAUGGUUUAUAACCUUUCACUGUGGUUGUCUAUAGGCCAAUUAUAUUUCAUGAUGCCUCUUCUUAUUAAUGGUCCUAAGUCAUCGGGAAACAAUAUUGACAUCUACCUUCGACCUCUUAUCGAAGAGUUAAGAUCUUUAUUCAUCGAUGGUGUGGAGACGUUCGAUGCAGACACAGGGACAAACUUCACCACGCGUGCAGCCUUAAUGUGGACAAUCAAUGAUUUUCCUACGUAUGGAAUGCUAUCUGGUUGGUCUGUACAUAGUUACACUGCAUGUCCUUACUGUCAUCUCCAUACAACAUCGAGAAGGCUACCCUUUAGUAAAAAGACAUGUUAUUGCGGUCAUCGGUGCAUGUUGGAUGAAAAUCAUCCGUACAGAGAUGACAUCAUCUACUUUGAUGGUACUAAAGAGAAACGCCAGCGUCCAGACCUAUUAUUCGGAGAGGAUAUACUUGCUCAGUGGAAUGUCAAAAACAACAUGACUUUUGGAAAAGAUGAAAAAUCAAGAGAUAACCUCAAAGCUCGAAGGGAUCUCCAGGCGUGGAACAUUAGAAAAGAGUUGCAUCCUAUACCAAAGGCAGACAAUCCAAACCAGUACCUUCUCACUCUGAAAAAUUAUAUUCGCAAUAGAAAUCGACCAGAGGGUUCUAUUAUGGAAGGUUAUCUGUUAGAGGAAGUAACCACUUUUUGUUCCCGUUAUCUGGAUGAAGACAUUGAGACAAAACUCAACAAACCUCUUGUAAUUCAUGACGGACCAUCUAAAAAGCCAGAUUAUAACAGAACGACUCUUACAUUUAUCAACAAGAUUCAUCGCUUUAUCCUUCUUAAUAUCGAAUGCCUUAGAGAAGUUAGAGAAAUACACAAGGAUGAAAUACGUGCAAUGCAUAGUAAUUGGAAUGAGGCACGUGUUGAAACACAUCAUCAGAAUAAUUUUUGCAAUUGGUUUAAACAUUAUAGCCGAUUACCAGAUGUAGAAUCAAUAUUAGAUAAGAAACUUGGAUAUUUGGCUACACUUCCAGAUGCUAAAGUUAAAUACUAUAAAGGAUUCGAUGUUGGCGGUUAUAAGUUUGAAAUCAAGUCUAUAGAAGAAUCUCGAACCACCCAAAAUUGUGGAAUUGCAACCAUAGGCACUAAUGAUGAGACAUACUAUGGGUACCUUGAUAACAUACUUGGUAUCAACUAUCUAGGACGAGCAGGAUGCAUUUAUGUCUUUCAGUGUGUUUGGUAUGAUAUGAAGACUGGAACUGGACAUCCUUUCAAAACCAUUGGUGUUGUUGAUGAUGACAUCUGUGAUGGGCAGAGGAAAUUCAUCAUUAGGACAUGCAGCAUUGAGGUCUCUAAAGUCGAUGCAGAUGUAGAUCCUUCAAUUCUUCUUCAGAACUGGAACAAUGUUCACCAUCUAAUUGGGGUGUCGCUCCUCCCUGAUGAAGCCUGA